AUCUAACUUAUUCAUUCAAAGAAAAAGUAAAUAAACAUCAUGCCGAAAAGAAAAGUACAAAAGAAAAUUGACCGAUACCGUGAGAAAAUAAAGAUUUUAGAAGGAGGCGAACAACGGAAACGCCUUCGGAUAAUUUAUUCCGAUUCUUCGGACGAAAAUAACUCCGAUGAUGUCUUGACGGAGUCAGUGUUUGCUGCUGUACCGUCUGCAGACCAACCCCCUUCGCAAGAAGCAGAUAUGGCACAGGAACCAGUGCCCGAACUGGAUGCUGAUUUUUUAUCAGCUUUGGGUGACGCAGCUGAGGAUACUCCUGGUUUUGGCGAAAAUAUACACCCAACUCUCGCCGAUCGAUGGCUACCAAUUUUACGCCGUGGCAUUCCUAAGGAGCCCAAAGAAAGGUUGCUGAAAGAGCAACUCAUCCCGGACAACUGCAAGUUACUAAAAGCACCCACACUCAACCCGGAGAUAUCAGCUGCGAUAACGGAGGCAGCCAGAAACCGAGAUAAGAAGCUCGAGAAUGCCCAACAACAACUCGGCCUCGGUAUCACGGCUAUUAAUAGGGCUAUGGCGAUACUUUUUACCAGCGAUGACAAAGAAAACAAGGUGCAGGCAGUCAAGAUUUUGUCGGACGCCUGCCGAAUUUUGUGUGAUUUACAUUAUAUGGACACACAGACAAGGAUUAAGCUUAUCACACCAGCGUUGGACAAGGCCUUCCUGACCAUAGUCCAAGAUUUAGAGAGAGACGAAUCGCUCUUUGGACGCAAACUGUCCGAGAAAAUAAAGGCGUCAAAAGCUAUAGAGAAACAGGGCCUGCAAAUUAAAAAGAACGUAGUGUCUCAGAAAGCCUCUACGCCUUCUACACCUCAAUCGACGACUCGGACACGCCCCCAGGGAAACUGGUCAGCCCCCUCCCGCUAUCAGCAGUCGUCGAACAGGGGGGGGGGGCGAGGAGGUUCUCACAGAAUUUCGGCGACGGCUCACAGGCCAGGGCCUCAGGCUGCGACGCAGGCGAAGAGCAGUCAGAGCAAGCCGCGAGCUGCUCAUCGACAGUAACCUCGGUACGUCACGCAGGAGUCGUCAGCAGCUACACGGGAAUACCCUGGCUGCAGCGAGGCUCUCCGGUACGCGUUCACUAGGAGGGGAACCCCAGAGGCUGCUUUGAACCUAAUGAUUGCUUCUUUAGCUAAGAAUACCUUAGUUCAGUACA